GUCGUUUCCUUCGUGUGAUCGACCUUACGUCCUCAACGAAAAGCGGUGUUGCUGACAAGCUAGGACUUCUGUCCUCUGCCGGGAGUCUUUGGUGAUUUUCAGAGCCGUAAUCAUGGUUUUCGAGAGAAAGAUGCUCACGUACGGCGACCCCGACGACGAGGAGGAAGAUGCACCUGCCGAGGAGGAGGAGGAGGAGGAAGAAGAGGAAGAAAUGGUGGACCCUCUAGAAACGAUACGAGCCAAGUGUGAGCAGACUGAACACUGUGUGCACUACAAGGAGCUUCUGGAGAUCUGUGAAGCCCGGGUCGGCUCCAGAUCCAGCACUGAGGAGGAGUGCACAGAAGAACUCUUUGACUUCCUGCAUGCACGGGACCAUUGUGUAGCACACAAGCUGUUCCACAAUGUGAAAUGACCUGCCUGCCAAGUUUCCACCACUUGCAGCUGUAGAAUUUAACUAAAAUUGUAAAAUAAUCAGGACAGUUCUAUUGUUCUGUGUAUUAAUGUAAAUGAAUUUUCUUGGGUUCCUGGACUAAAUACAUGCUACCCUUUCUGUAUACACUGUAGACAGCAUCAGAAGCAGUGUGUGGAAUAUGAAUCACUACUGUAUAGGUGAUAGGUGCAUUCAAGUUGCUAAAGGUUGUGCAAAGAAAAGGCUCGCAAUGUGGUUGGUCAGUUCAUAUGCAAAACAAGUAUGCUGCUCCAGUAACGGAGAACUUCUCAGGUUUGGUCAUGGAUUCAUCAUUCUGACAGGAAAAUAAAGGUUUUCUUUGGUUUCCA